UGCCUUACACACCUGGCCAUCGGCUGCCUGCUAGCGGGCAGCAGGCCUGUGGAAAACGCCGGGCCACUGCUGAAGUGUCCUGAUCGUCCGCUGGAUCAGACACCAUACAGGGGCUGUCCCACUGCGCCACCAGCGGCGUCACUCCCUCCCCUGGCUGUUCAGCGGGCGGCAAGCCAGAUGAUUUUUAGUUUUCCCAGUCCAGCUUGUCACUUACCACCACCGCCCAUCCAGUCUCAUGCCUCGGGCCUUCAUUUCAACCAACAUGCAAUGCAGCCAGCACUGUCCGUCUUUGGUCCAUCGGGCCGCGAUGGAUUGAGCCCUCGUCAGCUGGACCUACUGGCUCCUUUGUCCCCCCCAAGCCCGGCCACUAGCUCCCCGUCGUGUGCCCCUGGACCUGUUGGGACACAAAUCCAUGGUAUGCUAGGAUUCUGGGCAAUGGACAUUCAGCGAUCCCUUCUGGACGGACAAUUGGCACAGCUACCUGCCCGUCUCGGCACCACGACGACGCCUGUGAAAGCGGCAUUAUCAUCUCCUCCCACACCAAUAGCAAGGCGAUCCAUAAAUCCAAUAGCUACUGUACUAUACUCGUGCUUGCGAUUCUGCAGCUUGCCCACUCCAUGCAUUGAUUGCGAUGGUGGCUCUGCAGCUUGCGUGUUCGUCUCCUUCAUCCACCUUCCUUCACUCGACGCAGGCGCCUGCCUCAUUCACGAGAGGUGAUUGAGGGCAGGGCUUAUUACAGACGGAAGCAAGGCUUAACUAGCCCAGCCAACCUAGUCAAGGACACCGG